AUGUCACAGAAAUCCAUUAAACAUUCCGGAUCGACUCCAGACCUUUCAUUGGAAACUGUUUCGCGCCGCAAACGGGGUCAUAACGAUGAAUUCACAGAAGCAUUCGAACAAUUUAAGAAGCAAAUUAUGGAUACAUUACUCGAAUUCAAGUCGGAUAUUAGUCGAGAAACUGCGGAGAUUAAGGAUUCCUUGAAAACCAUCAAUGAGGUCACUCAAGAACUAAAAUGUGAGGUAAACUACAUCCGAGAAGAAUACUCAGCAAUGAAGAAGUCGUUUGACAUUUUGGAUACUGCUGAGAAAAAGGUGCAAGAGGAGAUAACUACUUUUAAAAAAUCACUGAAAUUCCAUAGCGAUAACCAAGACGAUAUUAUAAAAAAGGGGGUUAACAGUAUCAGCCAUUUCCAAACCGAAAAUCAGAAUAAAAUACUAAAUUCCAAUAUAAAUGAACGCGAGCAAAGGGAUAGAUUGUUGAACGUAGAAAUUGUUGGAGUGCCGGAAAUGCCACAAGAAAACCUAAUGCAAUUUACUGAAAACCUUGCGAAUCAUGCCGGUGUUGUAAUAAUCCGUGAGAAUAUAUUACAUGUAAAUAGUGGCUUCUAA